AGGCUCUAGACAACCAAUACUCAUCCUCCAUUUCUUCUAGUGGCAUCGAUCCUCCAAAAAUAAGCGACCUUGCUCAGAUCACCAUGGGAGGCGAGACAACGGUGCCAAGGCCUAUCGCAGGCGCAUAUCCAACCCGAGCGCCGGCCCCGGUUGGCAAGCGCAUCAGCAGAAUCUACAAGGAACGCAUCGAGCAGUUUUACUCACGGGGGCAAUGGGAGAAGCAGAACCUCCUGGCCAUGAUGUAUGAGGGUGUCGCCUCCGGCCCUCCAAAUGUUCAGCUAUGGACUUGGCCCGCACCCAGUCUCUCCCGUCCGUCUUUUGAAGAGGCCAUGGCUGGCGACUACAAGCCAGCUAAAGUUGGUGAUGCCUUUGGCCCUUCGUGGGCGACUCACUGGUUCAGAGUAGUCAUUCGCGUUCCCGAAAACCUCUUGGACAAGAAGCAUCUGGAGUUUCAAUGGGAUUCCAACAGCGAGGGGAUGGUAUGGACUGACGACGGGAAACCAUUGCAAGGAUUGACUGGUGGCGGCGAGCGUGUCGAAUGGAUUCUCCCAGACUCAUUCCGCGAUGGUAAGGAACAUACAAUUUACAUCGAGAUGGCCUGCAACAGCAUGUUCGGCAACCCUAAGGGCGGUGACACCAUCCAACCACCUGACCCCAACAAAUACUUUCAGCUCGUGAAAGCUGACAUUUGCGCUGUUAACAUGGAUGCCCGGCAGCUUUGGAUUGAUACUUGGAUUAUUGGGGACGCUGCCCGAGAGUUCCCGGAGGACUCCUGGGAGCAGCAUCAAGCUCUUAGCGUCGUCACGGAUGUCAUUAAUGCUUUUGUCCUAGGUGAUCCUACUUCCAUAAAAAAGGGCCGCGAGAUUGCCCAGAAAUAUAUUGGCUCCAAAAUUGAUACUUCCAAAGUCUACGAUAGCGGCACCAACCCUCAGGUAUUCGGUAUCGGUCACUGCCAUAUCGAUACCUGUUGGCUUUGGCCUUGGGCUGAGACGAAGAGGAAGGUAGCAAGAUCUUGGUCAAGCCAAUGCGACUUGAUUGAUCGUUACCCAGAGCACAAUUUCGCCUGUUCUCAGGCCCAGCAAUAUAAGUGGUUAAAAUCCUACUAUCCUUAUGCGUUCGAUCGCGUCAAGGAAAAGGUCAAGGAGGGUCGGUUUCACCCUAUUGGUGGUAGCUGGGUUGAGCACGAUACCAAUAUGCCGAGCGGAGAAUCACUGGUCCGUCAAUUCCUUUAUGGACAGAGAUUUUUUGAGAGCCACUUCGGAGAGCGCUGCAAAACCUUUUGGCUCCCUGACACUUUUGGAUAUUCCAGCCAACUCCCUCAGCUUUGCCGCCUGGCCGGUAUGGACCGCUUUCUCACACAGAAGCUUAGCUGGAACAAUAUAAACAACUUUCCCCAUACCACUUUCAACUGGGUCGCUCUGGAUGGUAGUCAGGUAAUCUGUCAUAUGCCACCUUCCGAGACGUACACUGCAGAAGCCCACUUUGGCGACGUCAAACGAAGCAUCUCACAGCAUAAGUCCAUGGAUCAAGACCAUACCUCUCUCCUUGUCUUCGGCAAGGGUGACGGCGGUGGUGGUCCAACGUGGCAGCAUAUCGAGAAGCUUCGCCGUUGUCGAGGUAUUAGCGACCAAGUCGGCCGUUUGCCUAGAGUGCACAUGGGUAAUACCGUAGAUGACUUCUUCGACAAGCUUCAAGAGAAGGCGAGCUCGCUUGUAACCUGGUAUGGUGAGCUGUAUUUUGAGCUUCACCGUGGUACAUACACCACCCAAGCAAAGAAUAAACGCAACAACCGCAGAGCAGAGACCAUGCUUCGAGACAUAGAAUUACUCGCCACGAUUGCAUCUAUAAACCAUAGCACUUAUAAAUAUCCCAAAGCGCAGAUUGACUUCAUGUGGGAGGCAGUCCUACUCUGUCAAUUUCAUGACUGCCUGCCUGGAAGCUCUAUUGAGAUGUGCUACGAUGAUUCGGACGAGCUAUACGACAAAGUCUUUAGUGUCGGCAAAGACUUAUUCAAAGACCUUUACGAUCUGCUUGGCGUAUCCGAUAUACGACCAACGCAUGUUGAAGAAGCCGUGGCCCUGAACUCCCUCCCAUGGCACCGCAAAGAAGUUGUCAGCCUCGAAGAUGGCAGUGCUGGCGUCGCCUGUGGCUCGGGCCAUACUAUCCGUGUCAAACGCUUCAAGAGCUCGGCCUCAAAAGCAGUUACUGUUGAGGAGACCCACAAGGGCGUAUUCAUUUUACAAAAUGACCAGUUGACAGUUCGAGUAGAGAAGGGUUGCAUAACUUCUCUAAUUGAUCGCCAGAAAGGCCGAGAGGUCAUCUCCAAGGACGGCAAAGCCAAUCAGCUGGUUAUCUUUGACGACAAACCUCUGUAUUGGCAAGCCUGGGAUGUUGAAGUUUACCAUCUAGAAACACGCGCCGAGAUCCCGUAUGGCGAGACAAGGAUCCUUGAAGAUACUGACCACCGAGUCAGUGUUGUUACCGAAGCACGUAUCAGUGCAGACAGCUCGAUCAGGACCAUAUUGAGUCUAGGUGUCGCCUUCGAGGGCCGCCAGUCUUACAUCGAAUGUACUGCUUCGGUUGACUGGCACGAGACGAUGAAAUUCCUCAAGGUCGAAUUCCCUGUAAAUAUGAGAAAUACGGAAGCAUCAUAUGAGACGCAAUACGGCGUGAUCAAGCGACCUACUCAUUAUAACACUUCCUGGGAUAUGGCCAAGUUUGAAGUCUGCUGCCAUAAGUUUGCUGAUCUAUCUGAGAGUAAUUAUGGCGUCUCUAUCCUCAACGAUAGCAAGUAUGGCUUUGCCACAUGCGGUAAUCUAAUGCGACUUUCUCUAUUACGGUCACCCAAAGCACCAGAUGCCCAUGCAGACAUGGGCAAACAUGAGAUUCGAUGGGCUAUACUUCCACACCAAGGCAGCCUAGGACCCACAACCGUUCGCGCCGGGUAUGAGUUCAAUAAUCCAAUGAAGGUUCUCAAGGCACCCUCUACCUUUGAUGUUAAUUCCUUCUCCUCUCAUCCCGUAAAACUCGAAGGUGACAAGUCUCUAAUCCUUGACUGUGUCAAGCGUGGCGAGGACGAUGAAGACGUCUCUCAUGACACCACUAUCCCCCGGCGCAAGGGCCAGAGCAUCAUUGUUCGCAUUUAUGAUAGUCUUGGGGGGCUCAGCUCAGGCACCAUCACAACGACUUGGAAUGUGAAGAGAGUGUUCAAGACCAAUGCCCUGGAGGACGAUGGCGAGCACAUUGAGAUCAAGAACGGGUCAUUCCCCGUUAUCUUGCGCCCAUUUGAGGUAGCUACGUAUCGGUUACAGUUAUAAUCACCUCACCUCCUUCUGUGCAACUAAACUUCAAA